AAUACAGAGGCAGCAUCUCGCGAAGCGAUUUUGGGUUGGAAUACUCUCUACUCUCUCUCCCGCGUCUUUGAUUGCAAUCUAUCGAUCGUGCGAUUUCUCUUUUCUGUUGUUCGUCAAGGGGAUUGGUGUGGCGGAGAAUGGUUUUUCCACGGUUUGCACAAUGACCAGCCCCGAAGUAGGAAUGGUUCAAUCUAUGGAGCCGAACAAGAUUUCAUCGGCCACCAAUACAGCUCGAGCGUCCCCAUCCAUGUUUAGAAGAUGGGGCAGAAGACACCCAUUUAUCAGAUAUGGACUCCCAAUGAUCUCUCUCACUGUUCUUGGGGCAGUUGGUCUAGGCCAUCUCUUGCAAGGAAGUAAAGAUAUUGCAAAGGUAAAAGAUGACCAAGAAUGGGAGAUCACUGAGAUGAGAAAAGCUCUAUCAAGAACAGGACCUGUUGAUGCAUAUAAGCCGAAAAAUAUAUCUUUGGAAGAGGAGUUAAGGGCUUUACAAGAAAAGGUAAACAUCAACGAUUAUGAGUACAAGAGAAUUCCAAAGCCUAGCGGUCGAACAUCGUAAAUUCUUUCCAUCCCGUUGCAGGCAAUAUCUACUCAGGUUUUGUUUCCCUACCUGUGAUUUAUGUACUGUGUAUGUGCAAUGCAAGUUACUUGGAUUCAAUUUCCAAAGAGAUUUUUUUUGCGCUGAGUGAUCGAGCAACUAAUUCAUUUUCAAGAUAUUAUGCAAAUAAACAUCCUUUUCAAGUAA